CCCAACUCAAACACUCUUUCUUUCUUCAUCAUAUCAGAAAAAGAAUGUUCCAUCCCAUUCCCAUGACCACUAAGAAGCUUAUGAAUAAUUCCAAUUCUAAUUCUAAUUCCAAUUCACACGAUAAUCCCAUGUGUUUUCAAGGCGACUCGGGCCUUGUCCUCACCACUGAUCCCAAACCACGACUUCGCUGGACAGCCGAGCUUCACGAGCGUUUUGUCGACGCAAUUACUCAGCUAGGAGGACCUGACAAGGCGACGCCCAAGACGAUCAUGAGAGUUAUGGGUGUGAAGGGUCUCACUCUUUAUCACCUCAAGAGCCAUCUUCAGAAAUUCAGGCUUGGGAAGCAGCCUCACAGGGAAUUCAUUGAUCACUCCAUGAAAGAAGCCUCAGCUUUAGAACUUCAUCAACGAAAUACAGCUUCUUCCUCAGGAAUAAUCGGUCGUAGCAUGAACGAGAUGCAAAUGGAGGUGCAGAGAAGGUUACAUGAACAACUAGAAGUUCAGAGGCAUCUUCAAUUGAGAAUCGAAGCACAAGGAAAAUACAUGCAAAGCAUACUCGAUAGAGCAUGUCAAACGUUAGCCAACGAAAACCAGAUGGCCGAUCAAGAUUUUGUUCCCCAAUUAACUUUUCCCUUAAUUCAAGACCUAAAACUCUACGGAGGUGAUCAACAUAAUCAGCAACAACAAGUAAUGGAUCUUCACCAUAACCUAGAUAGUUUCAUGGUCCAAAGUAACAAUAUGGACAGCGACGAUUUCAUAUCGUUAGGGAAGAAACGUGGAAACCCUAAUUUUAACAAUAACCACAGGACUGGAAAAGGCCCAUUAAUGUGGCCGGACCACGAUCAAGACGUUCAUAUUGAAGCAUGUCAUAAUUAAGGAAGUUAUAUAAGCUCGGUCACACAUUGAUGUCUUGCUUUUUAACUCAGGUUUUUUAGCUCCUCAAUUUCUCCACACACAUAUAUUAUAUGACCCACAAUUAUGUCAUAAUUAAUCUGUAUCUAUUGUGCGGAUAAUGGUUUACUUAUGUCUAUGGGUCUAGAUUUGAUUGAAAUUCUUUAUCGGUAAUUGUAUGGAAUGAUUAAUUAAUUGAUUGAUUACAGGUAAUUUGAAUAUGAAAAAGGGGAGUAAUAAUUAAAGUAGUCUAGAUUGAAGUUUCUUUAGCAUGUGUCUGUCUGAAGUAUAAAUGCUGAUUUAUAACUAUAAAUAUGCCAUGGCGGUUGCUUAGUCAAAACGUAAUUCCCAUUGUUUGCUUUAUGAUGGGUUUAUUUUAGUCAUAUAACAAUGCUUUAAUGACUUUUAAUGCU